GAAACACAAACAACAAGAGGAGCAGCGACUGAGAGCCAGCAGACACAUACUGAUACGCAGCAGCGGCCGUUGGUGGAGAGGGAAAAAAUAAUAAAUAAAACACAGAGCACGACUUUUUGAAAGUACUAUUCUAUCGAAUGAAUACGUUUACAGUGUUUAAAGAGACCAAUGCAUACGAUAUAUUGGCUGUAGACACACCGUGCAGACAACCAGUCUGGUAGCUAUAAACAGAAGUGGUGCAAAGGGAGGCGGACGAGAAAUAAAGGAGUUACCUGGAGGGUCUCCAUCCACAUUUCAGCUGGAGUGAGAGGAGAAAGGCUCAGACGGGGAGAAAGAAAGGAGAAGAGGAGUGCAAGUCGUGUCUGCUUUGGCAGCUGUUCCAGCAGCCGGUUGCGUCUUUUUCGGCUGUCAUUUUGUUCCUGCGUUUCUUUUUUUCCGAUGAAUCGGUUCAUAUUUUUAUCUUUAAUGUGAGAUAUAACUGCUGUAAAACAAAAGAACGAAUACAUUAUUACUUCAAGAGUGUUUUAUUUAGUUCCGCUGUUGAUUCCUGAGGUUCUUUUUGUUUCUUGAUUUUUAUGUAUAGCAAUUUUUUUCGGCUGUGAGUAGCAGGAGCUUCCAUUCUCCAAACUAUCAUUGAAACCCCUUCCUUAACUAGUUAGGACCUGAUAACCUGGUAUUCCUCAAGCACCUGAAACUGGCAGCUAUUCUUUUUGUGUCUGUGUGUUUGGGGAGCUCUGAGACCACAGCUUAAGCACCACUCAGCCUUCUAGACACCUAAGCCUAACUAAAGCCAGCCUACUAGCCUGGUCCAGCCCAGUCCAGCCUGCUCCGAUUAUCUGGACAGGAUACUCAGUUCUGUGUGGAAGUGAGGAAUAUGACUGCUGAGACUCUUAACUUCGGCCCAGAAUGGCUUCGUGCACUGUCCAGUGGGGGGAGUGUGACAUCUCCCCCUCCUUCCCCCGCCAUGCCAAAGUACAAGCUGGCCGAGUAUCGCUACGGCCGAGAGGAGAUGUUAGCACUUUAUAUCAAAGACAACAAGGUCCCAGAGGACAUGCAGGAUAAGGAGUUUGCUGCUAUUCUGCAAGAUGAGCCCAUGCAGCCACUGGCACUGGUGCCUCUCACUGAGGAGGAGCAGAGGAACUUCUCCAUGUCUGUGAACAGUGUGGCAGUGCUGAGGCUCAUGGGAAAGGGGGCGGGUGGGGCUGCCCCAGCUGGAGUGGUUCGUGGACGAGGAGCCGCGCGAGGCGGUAGAGGCCGAGGCCGGGGAGAAGGUGGAUUCUACCAAAGAAGUAUUGAAGAUCCAGAGGUGGGCUUUGGGCGUAGUGUACGAGAGAUACACCGCAGCCAGAGCUGGGAUGACCGGGGUGAGCGUCGAUUUGAGAAGCCGCUGAGGCGGGAGGUGGGGCGUCCUGGCUUUGAAGAAAGUGGAGGUCCCGGGGCGCCUGUGAGGAAAGAGUACACAAGAGCAGACAGUGAUAAUUGGCGCACCCUUCGAGAGGAGCAAGAGGAGGAGGAGGCGGAACCGGGCACCAAUUGGAGGCUUGCUGGACCACGCAGGGAUGAUGGUGGUCCUCGCUCAGCGGGCUGGCGGGAUCACGUUGGUGAAAGUCGUCGAAGGAAGUUCGAUUUUGACUUCCGGGACUCUGAGGGUCAUGGUACUGGGCGCCGACGGGCAGGAAGCGAGGGGCUUGAAGAUGACAGGGAUGGCCUGCCUGAGUGGUGUACAGAUGAGGAGGAUGGAGAGAUGGGCACUUUUGAUUCUUCUGGAGCCUUCAUGCCUUUGAAGAAGGGUGGUAAGGAGACAAUCCCUGAGGAGGAGUUGGAGUUUAAGGGCAUAGAGGAGGAGGAGGAAGAGGAGGAGAGCGUCCCUGACACAGACAGGAAUGGUGCUGAAGGAGAGAAGGAAAAAGAGAGUAAAGAUAUCAUGUCUGCUUUAGGGGACGAUAAGACAAAGCCAGCAUCACCUUCAUCCUCCCCUCCAGCCCACUGUGCCCCGUCAUCCUCAGAGUCUCAUUCUGGCAGUGCUGGCCAGGUGGUGGAUAACUCCCAGAUGAGCAACAGCCACUCUGUGAAGUCCAACAGCACAGCUGGCGAUGACUUGGCUCCCAUCGGGAGCUCCAAAGCGAUGCUGAGCCCUAGUGUCACCACCUCUUCCAACUUGCCACCCCCACCCCCUUCCUCUGCUGGUCCUCUCCUCCCUCCCUCUGGAGGAGACACUGAGGAUGAUGAAGGCAUGAAACACCUGCAACAGGAGGCAGAGAAGAUGGUGGCAUCACUGCAGGACACCUCUUUGGAAGAAGAGUGUUUCACCCAGGCUUUGCAGCAGCAGGAGAGCAGGAACACAGCAGCUGCUCUGCCACUGACUCAUGAGGCUGCCAUGAAGUGGUUCUACAAGGACCCCCAGGGAGAGAUCCAGGGUCCGUUCACAACAGUUGAGAUGUGCGAGUGGUUCCAGGCUGGCUACUUCACCAUGACCCUGCUGGUGAAGCGGGGCUGCGAUGAGGGCUUUCAACCCCUGGGGGAUGUCAUCAAGAUGUGGGGCCGCGUGCCCUUCGCCCCUGGGCCCUCCCCCCCGCCCCUGCUGGUGAGACAGCUCCCACCAACGCAGCGCUCGCAGCCCAACCGGGGUUCCGCUGGGACUGGAAACCUGGACCAGGAGCGCCUGAAGAAGCAGCAGGAGCUGGCAGCAGCAGCUCUUUAUCAACAACUCCAACAGCAGCAGCAGCUACUCCAGCUCAUUAACAGGUGCGAGCAGAAUAUGAUGCCUUCGAUGAACAGGUCGAUGUCAGUGCCAGAUACAGGGUCCAUGUGGGACAUGCAUACCUCAGCUUCACAACCGUCAGGCGGUGAAGCCAGUCUUUGGGACAUAACAAUGAAUCCUUCUACUCAGGGUCCAACUCUCGAACAGCUUCAGAAGCUCCAGCAGGAGAGACGAGACGCUGAACUCAGGGCGAAACGUGAGGAGGAAGAGCAGCGUAAGCGAAGGGAGGAGAAGAGGAGGCAACAGGAAGAGCAGAAAAGGAGGGAGGAGGAGGAGCUCUUCAGACGCAAGCAGUGUCGUCAACAGCAGGAACUCAUAAUGAAACUGCUGCAGCAGACCCCCCCGCAGCAGGGACCCGGGGCAGGCGGCUCAAGUUGGAGUGGGGCUCCCUCCUCUGGUAUCACAAAGUCAGGAAAGCCCCCAGCUCUGGCUCUGCUGGAAAUACAGGAGGCAGAGAGGCUCCUGAAGCAGCAGCAGCAGAGAGCCCAGCAGCAGAGAGAUCGACACCCUGGCAUGUCAAUGGGGAGCUCCUCCAUGGGAGGGCAGUGGGUGGAGGGUGUAGGCAUGUGGGGGGGAAUGGAGAGUAAGGGUGGAAGCGGAGGCUCGUCGGGCAGCAUGGGCAUGUGGGACGAGGCUGUGAAGAACCAGAGCAGCCUGCGUGGGAACAGCAACAACAACAUGGGCUUGAAGAAUAGCCGCAGCAGCCCCUCUCUCACUGAUCAGUACAUGAUGCGGCGUAAGAGGACUGAGGAGGAGGAAAAGCUGCUGAAGCUGCUGCAGGGAAUGAAGCCUCAGGACGGCUUCACCACCUGGUGUGAACAGAUGCUGCACGCUCUCAACACCUCUGCCAACAACUCCUCCUCUUCUCUGGAUGUUGCAACAAUUGUGGCAUACCUGAAGGAGGUCGAGUCUCCCUAUGCAGUACUGGAUUUCAUCCGGUCCUACCUUGGGGACACAGUGGAAGCCAAAGAGUUCGCCAAACAGUUUCUGGAGCGACGUGCCAAACAGAAAGCCAACCAACAGAGACAGCAGCAACAGUUAUCAAAGGAAGUGGGUGGAUUGAACAUGAACUUCCCUCUGCAGGACUCAAUGCGAGGUAUGAAUCCAAGCACCCUGCAGUCCAUGUUUCAGGCCAACCACAUGAGCAAAGCUGGUCUCUAUGACAACCAAGGGGGGAAGAUGAAGAAGAAACAGCCCAUGAUGCUGCACUCUGAUCCCAGCAUCUUAGGGUACUCAUUCCACAACACGGGCGAGUGUCUGAGCCUGAAUGAGAUGGAGAUGGUGGAGGAUUACUGAUGUGAUGCAGCGCAGCAGCAAUAGCUACCUGAGGCCUUUCUGUCUUUUAAUCAGACAAACCUGAUGACGAAUGUGCACUGCUGGGGGAACCAUGGGGGUGGAGUUGGGAGGGGAGCAAGCGUGAGGGGAGGUGCUGGGUGGAGGCGCAAAGAUUUGUCUCCCAUCCCUUUUUCCUUUCUGGAUUGGGGGAAAAAAAAGGGCUCCCUGUUUCACCAAUUGAUCACUUGAGUAGGGGAUAGGGGGUGAGUGGGGGUGAAGUAGAGAUGGGUUUCCUCUGGCACUCAAAAGAUUAAGCACCUUAUACUGAACUAAUGCACUUUAUUGAGAUGGGAUUUGAACAGUUUUUUUUCUUUACAUUUCUGUGCGCGAGUGAGUGUGUGCGUGUGUGUGUUUGGAAUCAGUUUGCAUAUGGUAUGUGUACCUACACAUUAUCUGUGUGCAUCGGAACUGGAAAGGGGGCGGUGAAACAGUCGGUGGGGUGAAUGGUUGGGCUGUUAAGUGUUCAAAGUCAGGGGGACCUUUAGUUGAAACCUUAUCAGAGAGCAAAUCCUUUCUCAAAAGACAAACACUGUUGAUAUUUCUCUUGUUGAGCUUUUUUUUUUUUUUUUACAUUUAUAUAAAAAGUAAAGCUAUUGAAAAAAUGGAUUAUAAAAAAACUUGAAGAUUUGCACUUGCCUAAAAAAACACAUGACAAAAACAACAAAAAAAAUCAAACAAAUGGGUUAGUUCUAGAAGUGAAUAUUUUUGUGAAUGUGUACGAGUGUCUGAGUGAAUGACUAAUGUGCGAUGGUUUGUGUCAGUAAUAUACAGUCUGCACAAUGACUUUUUUUUUUCUUUGAAUGCUUACCAAGAUGUAUGAAACAUAAGAGGCCAUUUCGUCUUCUUUUUUUUUUCUACUUGUUCAGACAGUAAUUUUGUAUUCAUGUUUAGCGUCUGUCUGUGUCCCUUUCCAAACAGGGAUUUGAUCUGUUUGUUUUGAGAGUGUGACUGAAUUGGAGAGAUAGGGCAAUUGCACAAAAAUCCUUUCUCUCGCCAGCUCUUCAUCCCCAGUUAAAAAAAAAAGAAAAAACAAAAGUAGAAACGCAUUCAUUUGUAAAUGUUAUCUUUGUUCACAUCACAUGAUGGCCGCCACUAGUUUAUCACCCUCAGCUUCUCUGCCGUCUGCAGACCUGUAAGAACAACCAGACAUGACGACUCAUGAGGGACAGUAGUGUGUGCACCUGAAUGAGGUUUUACGUGUGCACGUGUUGUUCAUUUACUGUACAUAGAAAUGAGUUGAAACUACAGGUACUCAUUUUGAACAUGUGCUCUUUUGUAUGUGUAUGAAUGCACAUUUGUGCCUAAGAACUUUGAUAGGGUGCAUGGCCAUUGAGACAUUAACUCUUUUUGAGAGCGGGUGUUAUGUGUGUCAGUGCUCAGCACAUUGUAUGUCAGUUUAUAUCGUAAAUAUUUGUAGUUCGGUCAAAGGAUGAUCCAUCGGAAGGUUAGUCCAGUGCGUUUUUCCCUGGGGUGUGAUCACGUUGCCUUUUGUCAGCUCUCGAACUCGUGAAUGAAAGGUGUCGAGUUUCUGACUGGAAAAACAAACAACAAAAACAAACAAAAAAAAGCAAAACAUACAGCAUCUUAAUGUGCAAGUGCACAGACUGGUGCAUGAAAUGUUAGCAUAUUGUGUUACUUAUUCGUUGUUGCAAUUUGAUAAUGACGAGUUUUCUUUUUUUAGAUGAAAAUAUAUAUGGAAUAUAUACAUUAUAUACAAAGUUUAAAAAGUAUUUGGACUAAGAUAAUGAGCACUUGGGGCUGCUAUUUUUGUUGUGUGUUCUAAUUUUUUUCUCUUCUUAAUUUUGUUUUUCAUUUUUUGUUUCUUUAUUGCCAUGUGAAGUGUGUUUUUUUUCUUAAGAAAAUAUUGAAUGUAUUCCAAAAAAUGACAAGAAACCCGUGCUGAUACAAGAUUUUUUUUCCUCAGAAGAUUUAAAAAAUGGAAACAAAAUACAAAAAAAGAGAAAAAAGAGGUUCAACCUUCAAAGAGGUUUUCAUUUUCACAACUGAGAAGGAAAAAAAAAACUCGGGAUGGAUACAGUUGAACACACUGCCUCUACAAUCCUGGUCGUAGUGACUCAGAACUAAAAGAAAGGACUCUAUCUAUUCCAUACUGGAGCUUUGGUUGUUUACAAGCCACAUGGAUAACUGUGGGUGCAGUUUAGUUGUAGUUUUUCAUGACUAUGUUUUUGUUCCCACAUAAGGCGGGUGGGGUUCGCAAGUGCGCUUCUGCCAUAUGGACAUUGAGUGGUGGUGUUUUGUUUUUUUUUGUUUGUUUUGUUCUAGUUUUUUUUUUCUUUGAGGACGAGUUGCAGGCAUCACAACAGCAUGGACAAGCUCCUGGAACUUGGCCUUUUGCGAUGCCUUGGGUUACUGGGUUUCGACACUUGUUGAAGAACCGGCUUUGUUUUUGUGGAGAACGGAGCGCAGGGCGGCGUAACCCACGAGGGAACUGAGAGGGCAAUAGGAGUACACCUGGCUGUGCACUCGUCUUUACCUCAACCCUCACGAGCACUCGCACCUCGCCCUCACCGACUCACCUAUGCACUUUUGUUCAUUCAAGCUGUGAGGUACAAUUUUGGGGAUGGGAGCACAAUUACAACAGGAGGAUUGCUACGACUUUGACAGUCACUGAAAAGAUAUUCCCAAACUGAAAUAAGAGACUGGAGAAGCCCAUCUUCUCUCACCUCCUGUACAUAACCAUAUUUUUGUAUUACCUUUCAAGAGUAGAAAGAAAAUUUGCAAAUGGAUGAAGGAAAAUUCAUAAGACCUUGAUACUAUGGAGUGAAUGUUCUUCAUGAAAAAACCAAUCUUUUUCAACUUAGUUUUAAAUGGACUUGCUGUGAGUUUCCCUCAGUUUGCCAGUAACUUUGAAAUAAUUGGAUGGAAGGGAAACCCACACGGACUGUGUUGGACGUGCCGCAGCCGAUUCAAGACUGACUGACUGGUUACUCGAAAUGGAUGUUGCAGUGGCCACAAAAUAACCCUCCACGAGUGUUUCAUUAACACACAGUAAAAAGGCAGACGGGUUAGAAGAGCUGCCGGCAAGACUGCUUUCCAUAUGGUCUCCCAGUCUGAUGACUGCCUUGAGAAAUGCAGAGUAACCCAAGAGGAGAAGUGUAUGGAGUCUGGCUGUGCUUUAUUUGCUGCCCUCCGCAAGGAGGAUUUGUAUCCACAGCCAACCCAUGAAUCAGUUAAACUCAACCUGUCCUCUCGAACUUAAACCCGAAGACACUUGUCACGACCUCAGACUGGGCGGUCCAUUGGCAUUAUCAGUUGGACAGUUACCAGAUGAAGUUGCAGGUUAACACCCAUUCAGUCCCCCCCUGAGCUGGAAGCGUUGGGUGCGGGAUUUGCGCGGAAGCUCGCCAACAAAGAAGUGGGCAAAAAGACGCGAGCAGCCAAUAUUUCACAAUCCAUCUCAUUUGAAACUCUUGGGUGGUGUGAAGAGGUCUUUCUACCAGCCAGUGGAGGACCCGCCCACCUGCCCAGACCUCAAAGACUGAUUACUUUGGUGGAGCUAUGGAGGAUGUGGCUGAUUUAUAUCUCAGCUGGAAGAAGUUAUGGAACUGGACGAGCGGAGAGAAUUGUACAGAAAGACUCUGACACAUGAUGCAACACAAAACAUGUCGCAGAAAUUCUCGAGUCCAAAGGAGCGGCAUUCACACUACAUGCACACACACAGCAUAAAGUCACAUUGGCUCCCCACUGGAACCAUGUCCGCACACAUAACAAGGAUACACAAAUAGCAGACCACAUAAAGACACACAAGCAUCGAUGCUCACCAGUAUACACCAAGAGCUUUGUAAAUAAUGUAAAUGUUUGAGUUCUGAUUUUCUCUCUAAGUUGAGUUUUGCUUUGUUUCUCUGUUCAACAUGCCUUAACUUGUAAAGUUCUGUCUUGAAAGGCUAACUGAUGUUCUACAAGCGAUAUAUUUGAGUUGGAAACCACCUCGAUAACUGUACUCAAAAGUUACAGAAAGGUUCGAACAAGACUUUUGUCUUUUGGCCAACAGAAUUGACAUGUACAAACUUGCUACUUGUACGUUGGGUCAUUUAAAGAGUUUGUAGUUCACAAAGAAUAGAACAGCAAGUGUUUUUUGAUCUAAUUUUGGUGGUGGUUAGCUUUUGUUGCUCUUUUGUUUUCAUUCAAAUGAACAGUGGGUUUGUUCAGAAUUCCUAUUUAGAUGUCGGGGAUGCAGGCUCCAAGUCCUGAAGUCUGCACCCCCUGGAGCUGAGCUGAUUGGGUCACACCAGAAGAAUCGUUGCUGUGCUACCACUGUGGGUUGUGUCACUUUGGGCAAGUCAGAAAUCCACAUUUGGAUCUGUAGUUAGUUUUCCCCCCUCUCUUCCCUAGGAGACUUGAAGGAUUUGGUUGAUAAAACAGAGGUACUUGUUUUCCCCCUUCUUAGCUUUGAGAUAAUGACUGGGGUUUGUAUUCCAGCGAGUGUAAGACCAGGCAUGUGCGAUUGCUUACGUUUUUUUAGGGUUUUGUCACCUUCAGGUGGGCGUCCUGCGUGUCCCUGGUUGUGCAGCUGUCUUACCGUGAUGGCACCAGUUAGAUGCAGUGGAAUUAUUGGACAGUGUUUUGUGCAGUGUAUUUAAAUCAAAAUUGAUUCAGAAUAUUCCAAUUUUAGACUGAUCAAUAGUUUUUUUUCCCUACCCAUGAUAACUUCAUAAUGCAGGUUUUAAUCCAAAUCGCUUCUGAUAUUAAUGACAUACCAUCAGACUUGUGUUUCCCCGCUGUCUUCUGGUUUGUUGUGCGUUUGUACUAAUUUGUCGACCCUAGCUAAGAGUCUGAACUGAAAUAGCUGCAGUAUGAUCCAGCAUGACAUAACUGUUGAGGUAUUGCUGGUUGGUAUAGGAAUAUUUUUGCUUUGAAUUUGUGACAAUGCAAGAAAGUUUUCUAUUUGAGGAGGGCUUCAAAAAUACUUUUUUUUUUUUUUUUAAGCUGAUAUUGUGUGGUAUUAUGGUGGUGACUGUAUAUUCAUCUAUCUGCACUAAAAAGGCUUUUAUCACAAGAUGAACAGCAACACUGUUGUCGGACAGCCCAUGAUGACUGCUUUCUGAAAAGGAUCCAGUCCUUACAAUUCGACUUUAAUUCUGCUCCACUCAGCUCAGCUCCUUUUUUGUGGGAAAAAAGGUUUUUGAAUGUUGUUAAAAUAACAACUUUUGAAAAUGAAUAAUUGAAAAUGUGUAAAUAGUUUUGCUCCUGUUUGUUUGAAGAACAAAAUAAAUACUAAAUAAAUAGCAUUUAGCU